AUGGCGGAGAUCAUCGAACAGUCAAAACUUGCGCUAAACCCGACAGAUGAGUCUGAGGCAACUGGUCAAUCUGCCAAAAGGGUUAAAUUGGAUUUCUGUAGUGCCCAAGGAGAUGGCAGUGGGUCAGCUUUCGUUAGCGUACUAUCUGAUUUUGAGACAAAGACAGUUUUACGGGACUCUGCACGAGAGAAAAACAUUUUCAUUCACGGGAAGAUAGUUGACCAGGAUGCUAUAGUCAUUUUGGAGAAAACCCCCAUCAGACAAGAUAAUCUCCCGGAAAUGUUCCAAGACUCCAGACUGAAGCUCGAGAUGAAGAAUGACAUCUACAGUACCUAUCAGCUACAGCCCCCUGCUCAUUUGAAUGAAAUCAAGACCACCGUAAUAUGUCCUGCAACCGAGAAGCACGUUAAGAAGUACUUGCGUCAGGAGACGUUUUUGGUCGAAGAAACAGGGGACGACUAUCGUUCCAUCACCCUUCCCUACAUCAGCAGCCAGAGUUUCAGUGUGCAGUGGGUGUACAACAUUUUAGAAAAGAAAGCAGAGGCUGACCGGAUCAUUUUUGAGGAUCCAGAUCCAAAUACUGGCUUUGUCCUGCUUCCAGACUUUAAGUGGGACCAAAAACAGCUGGAUGACUUGUAUUUGAUUGCCAUUGUCCAUCGGAGAGACAUUAAAAGUCUGAGAGACCUCAGAUCAGAGCACCUGCCGUUACUCCGAAACAUUCGAAAAAAAGGAGAGGAGACCAUUCAGAAGCAGUACAGUGUCCGACCGUGCAAGCUGCGAGUCUAUUUGCACUACCAGCCGUCCUACUACCAUCUUCACGUUCAUUUUACCUCUCUGGAUUAUGAGGCUCCAGGGUGUGGUGUGGAACGGGCUCACCUGCUCUCUGACGUCAUUCAAAACCUGGAGGCUGACUCGGAAUACUACCACGGCCGCUCCCUGUCAUUCCCACUCAGGGCAGAUGAUAGCCUUCUGCUCCGAUUUAGGGAAGCCGGAAGACUUUAA